AUGAAGGCUUCGCUUGCUGCUCUGGCCCUCGGGCUUGCAACGGUGCCUGGCACAGCUGCUUGGGGUUCUUUGGGCCACAUUACCACCGCUUAUCUAGCUGGCCAUUUCGUCGCCAACACCACGGAAGCAUUCUUCAAGGAUCUCUUGCGCAGCCAAGAUGACGACUACAUGGCCAAGGUAGCCUCGUGGGCCGACUCCAUCCGCUACACGAAAUGGGGUCGUUUCACAAAGAACUUUCACUUCAUUGACGCCCACGAUAAGCCGCCACAGUCGUGCAACGUCGACUUCAAACGAGACUGCAAGGAGGACGGCUGCGUGAUCAGCGCCUUGGCCAACUAUACACAGCAGUCGCUGGACUCAUCUUUACCUGCUUGGCGCCGUGCCCAGGCUGCCAAGUUUGUCAUUCACUUUGUCGGCGAUCUACAUCAGCCGUUGCACAACGAGGACGUAGCUCUGGGCGGAAAUCGCAUCCACGUGCUGUGGGACGGCAAAGAGUACAACCUUCAUCAUGUUUGGGACACUUCAAUCGCAGAGAAGUGGAUUGGUGGCGUGCGUGGCAAGCCAUAUCCCAUUGCUGAGAGAUGGGCGAACCAACUUGCUGGUGAAAUCAACCAUGGCAAGUUUGCUAGUGAGAAGAGCGCAUGGUUGAAGGAUCUCAACUUUGCCGAUGCAACUGAGACGGCAAUGGCUUGGUCGAGAGAAGCCAAUGCAUUCGUUUGCUCUCACGUGCUACCAGAAGGCCCAACGGCUAUUGUAGGCCAGGAACUUGGCGGCGAUUACUUCAAAAAGGCCGGUCCAGUUAUCGAGAGGCAGGUUGCGCGUGCUGGCUACCGAAUGGCCUUUUGGCUAGAUAGCAUUGCUGAAGGAUAUGCCGCUGGCAAGCAAGAGGGAGACACCUCAUUUGAGCUAUAG